CUUCCUUUUCAUAGCAGCACGUGUAGACGCGGACGACUUGCUUAUCAUCUUAUAGAAUAAUUUCGCUUAGGUUCGGAUCAAGAUGCCUUCAGACGCGAAAAAGCGAGCACAACAGAAGAAGAAAGAGGCAGCCAGUAACAGGAACAAAAAGAACGUGACUCGUGUAACGAACGAAGAGAACGGUACAGCGAACGGCACCGCGAAGGAAGAGUCGAGAGAGCUCACAGCUGAAGAGGCGCUGUGUCUCAAGCUGGAGGAGGAGGCGCGAAUAAACUCGGAGGCGCGCUCAUGCACCGGCUCCCUGGCCGUGCACCCUCGCUCGCGUGACAUCAAGAUCGCGAACUUCUCCAUCACCUUCUACGGGUCAGAGCUGUUGCAAGACACGCUGCUCGAGCUGAAUUGUGGACGACGAUACGGGCUUGUCGGGCUUAAUGGAUGCGGCAAAUCGUCUCUCCUGUCCGCUCUCGGGCGCCGCGAGGUCCCCAUCCCGGACCACAUCGACAUAUUCCACCUGACGCGGGAAAUGCCGGCCUCGGACAAGAGCGCCCUGCAGUGCGUCAUGGAGGUCGAUGAGGAACGGAUCAAACUGGAGAAGUUGGCCGAGGAGCUGGCGCACUGCGAGGACGAUGAGUCUCAAGACCAGCUGAUGGACGUGUACGAGCGGCUGGACGAGCUGAGCGCGGACACGGCGCAGGCGCGCGCGGCCAACAUCCUCAACGGGCUCGGCUUCACCAAGGACAUGCAGCAGAAGGCCACCAAAGACUUCUCCGGAGGGUGGCGUAUGCGCAUAGCGUUAGCGCGCGCGCUGUACGUGAAGCCGCACCUGCUACUGCUGGACGAGCCGACCAACCACCUGGACCUGGACGCGUGCGUGUGGCUCGAGGAAGAACUCAAAAACUACAAACGCAUCCUGGUGCUCAUCUCACACUCGCAGGACUUCUUAAACGGAGUCUGCACCAACAUAGUGCACAUGAGCAAACGGCGCCUUAAGUACUACACGGGCAACUACGAGGCCUUCGUGCGGACCAGGAUGGAGCUGCUCGAGAACCAGAUGAAGCAGUACAACUGGGAGCAGGACCAGAUCGCGAACAUGAAGAACUACAUCGCCCGGUUCGGUCACGGUUCGGCCAAGCUGGCGCGCCAGGCGCAGUCCAAAGAGAAGACUCUAGCCAAGAUGGUCGCCCAGGGUCUCACCGAGAAGGUCAUCGACGACAAGACCCUCAACUUCUACUUCCCCUCGUGCGGGAAGGUGCCGCCGCCCGUCAUCAUGGUCCAGAACGUGUCGUUCCGCUACAACGAGAGCACGCCUUGGAUCUACAAGAACCUCGAGUUCGGCAUAGACCUGGACACGCGGCUGGCGCUAGUGGGCCCCAACGGCGCGGGCAAGUCCACGCUGCUCAAGCUGCUCUAUGGAGAUCUGGUCCCAACAACGGGCAUGAUCCGCAAGAACUCCCACCUGCGCAUCGGCCGCUACCACCAGCACCUGCACGAGCUGCUGGACCUGGACCUGUCGCCGCUCGACUACAUGAUGAAGGAGUUCCCCGACGUGCGCGAGCGAGAGGAGAUGAGGAAGAUCAUCGGCCGCUACGGCCUCACUGGCCGGCAGCAGGUGUGCCCGAUGCGUCAGCUGUCGGACGGGCAGCGGUGCCGGGUGGUGUUCGCGUGGCUGGCGUGGCAGACGCCGCACCUGCUGCUGAUGGACGAGCCGACCAACCACUUGGACAUGGAGACCAUCGACGCGCUAGCCGACGCUGUCAACGACUUUGAGGGCGGCCUAGUGCUCGUCAGCCACGACUUCCGGCUCAUCAACCAGGUAGCCGAGGAGAUCUGGAUCUGCGAGAACACAACCUGCACCAAGUGGACGGGCGGCAUCCUUAAGUACAAAGACCAUCUCAAAUCCAAGAUCCUCAAGGACAAUGCAGCCAACGCGGCCAAGAUACGCAAAUAGUCCAAU